AUGGUGAAAAAGAAAAGUCACAUGGAGAGUCUGAUGGUGGAGGUGGGAAUAGAUAUUGAUGGACAGGUGGAGAGUACUACUGAGAGUGACAGUGAGGAGGAAAGAACCAGACGCAUUGCAAACAGUCGCCAGAAUCGCUAUUUAAAGAAGACAAGAGAUACCGAGGAGAGUGAAAGUGAUGAUGAUGAGGACAUUUCCAUGCCGAGGAGGAAAAAAAUAGUCAGGAAAAAAAACAUUAAAAGAACAGGAAGAGAAAAUGAUGAUGAAGAAGAGACAGAAAGUGAGGAUGAAGAUGAUGUUGAGCCACCCACUAGUAAUGGCAGAACCAGAAAAAAUAAGAACACGAAUGUCAACAAAAACGUGAAAAAGGAAGUGAAUGGAAAAGGAAAUGCUAAAAAUCAAAAGAACCAGAAAAAGAAAGGAAAAAAGAGCAGCUCCUCUUCCUCAUCAUCAUCAUCAAGUUCAGAUGAAGAAAGUAUGUCUGAGAGUGAAAGAGAAAGGCUGAUGGAGAAGAUUGAAGAAAAGAAAAAACUUGUUUCCAGUAUUAGAAGCAAACCUUGGCGCAUGCACAAAAAACUUUCCCUGAUCAGGGAAGCUCAGGACUUUAUAGAAAAAUUUGAGGGUGCAUUGGGAAGAGGAAAAGGGAGAAGACUAUAUGCAUAUAAAGUCAUGAUGGCCAAGAAAUGGCUGAAGUUUAAAAGAGAUUUUGAGAACUUCAAAACAGCCUGUAUUCCAUGGGAAAUGAAAAUUAAAGAAAUUGAAAGUCACUUUGGAUCCUCUGUGGCAUCGUACUUUAUCUUUCUUAGAUGGAUGUAUGGUUUGAAUUUAAUCCUUUUGUCCUUGGUAUUUGGACUGAUCGUUAUUCCAGAGGUUCUGAUGGGAUUACCAGCUGGAAGCAUACCAAGAAAAACCAUACCAAGAGAGGAGCAAGCAACGUCAAUGAACUAUGGUGUGCUCAGUGAGUUUGGGGGAAUUUUAAAAUACUCAGCUCUCUUCUAUGGCUACUACAAUGACCAACGGACUAUUGGUUUCCUAAAAUAUAGACUUCCUCUGGCAUAUUUACUCGUUGGUGUAGGGGUUUUCGGAUACAGUCUUAUCGUUGUAAUAAGAACAAUGGCAAAGAAUAUCAAUGAGAGCACUGCAGAUGGGGACGAUGAUGCUUUUAUGUUCAGCUGGAAAAUGUUCACAAGUUGGGAUUAUCUCAUUGGAAACCCUGAAACAGCAGACAACAAGUAUGCAUCAAUAACCACGAGUUUCAAGGAAUCUAUUGUGGAUGAACAGGAGAAUGCAAAAGAAGAAAAUAUUCACCUACGGCGUUUUCUAAUAGUCCUAUCAAAUGUUCUAAUUACAAUUGGCCUGGGGGGGAGUGGUUAUCUUAUUUAUUUUGUUGUUAAGCGGUCACAGCAAUUCAAGAAUUUAGAUAACCCAACUUGGUACCAGAAUAAUGAGAUAGAAAUUGUUAUGUCUCUGCUAUCAAUGUUUUGCCCUCCACUUUUUGAAACCAUUGCUGCUAUGGAAGACUAUCACCCUAGAUUGGCCUUAAAGUGGCAGCUUGGGAGAAUAUUCGCUCUGUUUCUGGGAAAUCUGUACACAUUCUUGCUGGCUUUAAUUGAUGAUGUAAAUUCAAAGUUGGCUCAAGAAGUGGUGGUUAAAAACGCGACACAGGCGAUAUUAGCCAAUUAUACAGCUAUGCACAAUGAUUCUGCAAAUCCAACUAUGGCCCCAGCAGAUGUCCCAAGAGGUCCAUGCUGGGAAACAACUGUAGGCAUUGAGUUCGUGAAACUCACUGUAUCAGAUACACAAGUGACUUACAUAACUAUCCUUCUGGGAGAUUUUGGUCGGGCAGUCAUUGUCCGAUUCCUGAACUACUGCUGGUGCUGGGAUCUGGAAUCUGGUUUUCCCUCUUAUGCUGAAUUUGACAUCAGUGGAAAUGUCCUUGGACUCAUUUUUAAUCAAGGCAUGAUCUGGAUGGGUUCCUUUUAUGCACCUGGAUUAAUUGGCCUGAAUGUCCUACGUCUUUUAUCUUCCAUGUACUUACAGUGUUGGGCUGUAAUGAGCAGCAAUGUCCCUCAUGAACGUGUUUUCAAAGCAUCAAAAUCAAACAAUUUUUACAUGGGGCUUCUGUUACUCGUUCUUUUCAUGAGUUUGCUUCCAGUUGCAUACACCAUUAUGUCUCUGUCUCCCUCGUUUGACUGUGGACCUUUCAGUGGAAAGGCUAAAAUGUAUGAUGUAAUUCAAGAGACAAUUGAAAAGGAUUUCCCUGCUUUUGUCAGCAAAGUGUUUGGCUACGUGUCAAAUCCAGGAAUCAUUAUAGCAGCUGUACUUCUCAUGGCCUUGGCUAUUUAUUAUCUCAAUGCCAUAUCUAAAGCUUACAUGAAUGCCAAUAUUGAAUUUAAGAAGAAAAUGCAGGCUAAACGAGAAGAAGAAAAGAAUAAAAGAAAUAAUACAGCCACAACCAAUGAAACCAUGAAAGAUUUAGAAGAUCUGCUGCCCCCUGGUGUCAGAGAGGAACUGCGGAAGCAAAACGAACAAGAAAGCAAUAUGGCAGCAAAAAGGGACCCAACAAGCAAGCCCGCUAUGCUAACUGUACCAUCAAAUGUACCACGUGUGGCUGUUACAAAACCUCCAGCUCCAAAGCAACCAGCUGUGCAAGCAACAGAGCAACAACCAAAAGGAAGAGGACGAACUCGUCAGUGAUUAUUAAAUGAUUUUUUGAAGACCUGUUGCAGUAUUGAGGUUUUGUUUUUAUCUGUUCAAUACGUCGAUAUUGUUAUUUUCAUUAUAAAGACAUUUGUAUAGUGUUUAUUCAAAGAUAGGCAUAUGUGUUUUUGCCUGGUGUACUGUAAAUAAGGAUGAUGCAUUUAAAGCAGUGGAACACUCAAUUACAGAAAAACAGACCCACAUCCAGGAUGAUAUUCAAGAACACAGAGGCCCGAACAGCCCCCACAGGCCCAAUUAAUAGUGACUGUCUAUUAUAGCAUCUUACAGCAGCCCCUCUAGCAUUUGCCAGAAUCUUCCAGUAUAUGCCAUAGAUACCAGGGCCUGGGCCUGAAUCUACUUGUGCUUUUAAUGCAAUGAUUGUAUUGUGGUAUAAAUAAUUUGGAUUCAUACAGUAUGUCGAAGAAGAACAGAAAACUCACUGGCCAUGGUUUAGUCCUUAGUUCUUCUAUUGCUGCAUAUUGGACCAGUGGGUAUAAACAUAAGCAUUACUAUAUUAGGUCUGUAGAUCCUUAUUCCCCUAAUGUACAGUAACUUUGCACAUAGGCCUUAGUUAGCCAGUUAGAAUUACUGUCAGCCUGGACCAAUUUUUUCCAAUUCUCAACUCAAUAUUUGCAAAUAUUUUGCAAAGGAUUAAAUCUGUAUUAAAGUUGAGAGGGGGAGUGUGCCCUUUGGAAGUUCAGUAAUUAGCCAGGUGGUGUCAGGGUUCCCUAGUUUAUAAAAGGGGAAGCCAGCACAAGUUCUCUCUCUUUUGGUCCCCCUUGAUGGAGGAGGUGGUGUGCUGAAGGGACAGACACAGUAUAUGGGUAGUUAGUAGAACAGCCAGAGGCUCCAACGAGGAGGCUAGUAAGAAUUAGUACCCUGUGCUAAAAAGGCAGCCAAAUUAGGGACUCAAUCUGUCAGGAUCAGGGAUAGGUAGAUCCCUGGAGUAAUACACCACUAUGAGCUUCGCCUAGUAAUGGUGAUUGUUUAAACAAGGCCGUUAAUAUUACC